AUGGGCUCCAUUCCAUCUUCAAGCGAAACUUCAGCAUUCAUUCUGUUCAUAUCUAUCUAUCUAUCUAUCUAUCUAUCUAUCUAUCUCAGUCUUUUCAUAAUAUCAAUCUCUCUCUCUUUCUAUCUAUCUCAUCUAUCUUCUAUCUAUCUAUCUCAGUCUUUCAUAAUAUCAAUCUCUCUCUCUAUUUCAUUUCUAUCUAUCUAUCUAUCUAUCUAUCUAUCUAUCUAUCUAUCUAUCUAUCUAUCUCACAAGUCAGCUGUCACAUUCUGUUAUCUAUCUAUCUAUCUAUCUAUCUAUCUAUCUAUCUAUCUAUCUAUCUAUCUAUCUCAGUCUUUUCAUAAUAUCAAUCUCUCUCUCUCUAUUUUCAUCUAUCUAUCUAUCUAUCUAUCUAUCUAUCUAUCUAUCUAUCUAUCUCAGUCUUUCAUAAUAUCAAUCUCUCUCUCUGUCUCUGUCAUUUCAUUAUCUAUCUAUCUAUCUAUUUAUCUAUCUAUCUAUCUAUCUCUGUUUUAUAUAUGCUAUCUAUCUAUAUAUCUAUCUCUGUCUUUUCAUAAUAUCUAUCUAUCUAUCUCUAUCUAUUUCUGUUCAUAUUAUCUAUGUAUAUCUAUCUAUCUAUCUAUCUAUCUAUCUAUCUAUCUCAGUCUUUUCAUAAUAUCAAUCUCUCUCUCUAUUUCAUUUUCUAUUUCAUUAUCUAUCUAUCUAUCUAUCUAUCUAUCUUUAAACUAUCAGUUUUCAUUCUGUUAUCUAUCUAUCUAUCUAUCUAUCUAUCCGUCAUUCUAUCUAUCUAUCUACCUUAUUUUAUAUAUCUAUCUAUCUAUCUAUCUAUCUAUCAUCAAUCGUUUUAUCACUGCUAUCUUUAUAUCUACACUCUGUUCAUAUCACACUCUGUUCUAUCUAUCUAUCUAUCUAUCUCAUCUAUCAUCUAUCUAUCUAUCUAUCUAUCUAUAUCAUUCUGUUCAUAUUAUCUAUAUAUCAUUCUGUCUAUCUAUCUAUCAUUUUAUUCUGUUCAAUAUUUUUCACACAUUAUCUAUCUGUAUAUCAUCUCUUUUCAUAAUUAUCUAUCUAUCUAUCUCUCUAUUCAUCAUUAUCUAUCUAUCUAUCUAUCUAUCUAUCUAUCUAUCUCAGUCUUUUUAUAUAUAUCAGACACUCUCUCUCUAUUUCAUUUUCUAUCUAUCUAUCUAUCUAUCUAUCUUCUUUGUUCAUAAUCAAUCUUCUCUAUUUCAUUUUCUAUCUAUCUAUCUAUCUAUCUAUCUAUCUAUCUAUCUAUCUAUCUAUCUCAGUCUUUUCAUAAUAUCAAUCUCUCUCUCUGUCUCUCUGUCUCUCUAUUUCAUUAUCUAUCUAUCUAUCUAUUUAUCUAUUUCUAUACACUGCUAUCUUUAUAUCUAUCGCCGUCUGUUCUUUAUAUCACACUCUGUUCAUAUCUAUCUAUCUAUCUAUCUAUCUAUCUAUCUAUCUAUCUAUCUAUCACAUUCUGUUCAUAUUAUCUAUGUAUAUCAUUCUGUCCAUGUUAUCUAUCUCUCUAUUUUAUUCUGCCCAUAUUAUCGAAUAUUCAAUUUUUUCACAUUAUCUAUCUAUCUAUCUAUCUAUCUAUCUUGUGUCCAUGUUCAAAUUUAA